GGUGCGGAACUCGGGACUUGCUUUUUUCUCUCUCUCUCUCUCGCGUUUCUAGUCCAUCUACGUGCUCCCUUCGGUCCGGACUGCUUUGUAAUUACAAACUCACUUGCCCCGGUGUUUUGCUUAAUUUGUUGCCUCGACGGCUCUAAUUCAGUGCUGUUGUUGUCGGAACUACGCUGAAAGAGUCGCAAGUUGGUAUUUCGAUGAGAAGCGGCCGAGGAACUAAGCCGCGAUUGUUGGCUCUGGAAGAUAACGACUCCUAAUCGCAGCCGAGCAGCAUCGCGUGAGAUUCGUGUCAAGAUAUAUCUGUACUCUUGCUUCAUCCCCCCCCCCUCUAAAAUACGUGUACACGUAUACAUAUGAAGGCUGUCGCAUACCGAUGCUCCGGAAAAAAGCCACAAUGACAGGUGAUUGAUCGGAUCGAUGAAAUUGAAAACACCAUAUACCGCGUGAUGUUACAUUUUCUUGAGUGCAAGGAAAAACAAAAUAGAAUAUUUAUAACCUUGUGAUAUAUAUACGUGACUUGUGGUUUGAAACGAGAAAAGCCGAGAAUGGCUAGUCGAGCGAAGCAAUUUUUUGCCAAAAAGGAGACCAAAGAUUACUUCAUGAGCACGCACUUUUGGGGACCGCUUUGCAACUGGAUGAUUCCGAUCGCUGCCAUAUCCGACACGCAAAAAGAUCCUAAAUUCAUCAGUGGAAAGAUGACACUGGCUCUGACGUGCUACUCCAUGGUAUUUCUGAGGUUCUCCGUCAAAGUUGUGCCCAGAAACAUGUUGCUCUUCGCGUGCCACACGGUCAACUUGGGGGCACAGCUCACCCAGGGCUACAGGUUCGUCAGGUAUCAGCGAUCGCUCAAAUCGCACCCGGUGGCGCAAGCUCUUUGAAAGUGAAUAUCGAAAGGAAUCGUGUACUAUUUGAUCCCCAACACUGUACGAAGCAAGAAAAUAAAGUGUUGCUUUUA